CCUGUAAACUUAUAAGAAAAUUAAUGUAGACCUUUUAAGAUGACAUAAUGGAUUUUUAACUAAACAAUGGUUUAAAAAUUGAUUAACAAUAGACUAACAAAAAUCAAUUUUGAUGUAUUACACUAAAAACGCAUCGACUCCUUUGACACGAAAAUUAAUGGAUUUUAAAUUGUAGUGAUCUUUUAAGUGGCCUUCUCUUUUUUAAAUUACCAUUUAAAAUUUCCGAGAAGCUUGAAAAUGAACAAAAUUAAGGAUGAUUUCCUAAAAUAAAGAAUUCCUAUUCGGUAGUCCAAAAAUCCAAAAAAUGGAAAAUGAAUUUGACGUGCUCUCUUCAGAAAAUUCAGAAAUAGACAUUGCAGAUACUGCCUCAUCAAGUUCGAAUGAAAUGAGAAAUGAACAUGACAUGCUCUCUUCAGAAGAUUCAGAAAUUAAUGUUGCAGAUGUUUCCUCAUUAAGUUCAAAUGAAAUAGUUGAAAAUGAAGAUUAUCAACUUGAAGACGAUCAAUUUGUGGAUGAUCAAUUUGAAAACAAUCAGCUUGAAGAUGAUUAUACACAAGACUCUUCUGAAAUGGAAAUAGAUAACGUGGUAUUAGGUGAUGCAUCAAGUUCAAACGAAUCUGAUGUUUUCAUGUCUCCCCUUUUCGAAUCAUCCUCGUCAUCAUCAUCAUUAUUAUUCGUAACAAAUGACAAUGACAAUAAUAAUACUGAAGAAAAUAGAGCAAACUGGCUUGAUAAUCCAAUUUAUGCAGAAGCAACAAUCAAUGGGGGCAAUGCAUUAUAUCAAAUAUUAAAGACAUACAUCACAAAUCGUUUGAGUAAAAAAGCUUUAAGCGAUAUUUUGUCUACAAUUGAUUUAUUGCUACCCAAUGAUCAUACUAUCCCUCGAUCAAAAUUUAAAUUAUUAUCUUUAAUCGAUCAGGUAUUACCAAGCUCUCAAUCAGAUUUCGCGACGAAGCACAGGAUUUGUUCCAAAUGCUUUUAUUACUUGGGAAAAUGGUCCGAUGAUCCAUUAGAAAGAUGUACUCGUUGUGAUAAUACAAAAGUUAACAGUUUCUUUCUAGAGCUUGACUUAGAAUCUCAACUGCGCACUGCUUUUGAAGUAAGAGAUGUUUCUACUUUAUUGGACAACUAUCGAACCGAAUGCGCAACCCAAAAUCCAGAAUAUCUGUACGAUCUUACAUCAGGGACCGAGUUUCGUCGAUUGAAAACUGAAGCUAUACCUGGAGAAUAUGAUGUCUUUUUACUUUGGUUCACUGAUGGACUGCAAGUGUCCAAAAGUGGAAAAAGUAAUAUAUGGCCAGUUUACGCACAAAUAGUCAAUAUAGCUCCAAAGUACAGAAGAAGUUUUCAAUUUGUUUGCGGAAUCUUCUAUACGAAUCGAUCUUCUAAGAAACCAGAUAUGAAUUCAUAUUUGCAACCGUUUGUAUUGAUUUUAAAAAACCUAUUUACAAAUGGAUUUCAAUGGUUUAAUAGAGUGUUAAAUCGUAUAAUUGUGACUAAAGUUGUUGCCCCUGUUGCGUGUUUAGAUGCUCCGGCAAGAGCAGCUGCACAGAACGUACAACAGUAUAACGGAGAAUAUUCGUGUGGAUGCUGCGAAGAGAAAGGGGAAAGCUGCGAAACAGGCAGUGGAUCAAAUUGGAUUUUCCCAGUAACCCAUGAUCAUUCUUGUCUACGGACAGCCGCAAGAAUGGAGAAACAAACCAAAAUUGUAGAAAAGUAUAAAGAUUUGAAGCACUUUAAAGGUGUCAAAGGUGAUGCCAUUGUUACCCAAAUACCUCAUUUCGAUAGAUCUAAGGGAUUCGUUCCUGACUACAUGCACGCUGUUCUGCUGGGUGUAAUGCUCAUGUUAUUAACGCUUUGGUGUAGUUCAACUAAUCACGAAAGAGAAUUUUACCUUCGAAAAGAUCAGCGUAUUGAAAUUGAUAAAAUUUUAGAAGCAAUUUCACCACCUGAUGACGUUACACGUACACCAAGACUACUGUCUGAUCUAAAUUUGUGGAAAGCCUCAGAAUUAAGAGCAUUUCUCCUCUAUUACGGACCAAUCGUGUUAAAAAAGCGUCUAAGUAAUGAACAUUUUAAUCAUUUUUUGCUACUUUCCCGCGCGAUUUAUAUACUGUUAAAGGAUGAAAUUAGCCCGACAGAACGUAAUUUUGCAAACACUCUUUUACAUAUUUUUGUAAUCGAUUUUGAACGUCUAUAUGGUCGCAACAAAUGCUCAUAUAAUGUCCAUCAAUUAAAGCACAUGACAUUGUUUGUGAGUUUAUGGGGACCACUUUGGGCUUGGUCGGCUUUUUCGUCCGAGGAUCACAAUGGAGAAUUAUUACGAAUGACACAUGGUACAAAAAAUGUUGAUGUAGAAUUAUCUAAUACCAUUAAAAUAAUACAAUGUUAUCAGAACAUAAAAUAUUUAAUGAAUCCGAUCAGACAGAAUCAACAACCUCAGUGUCGAACCCAUGGACCAUCUACGAAAUAUAAUAUAGAAGAAAGUGAUCUUCUAGUAAUUCUUCACGUCACGCGCCUUACAAAAGAGCAGUUACAUCAGACCAAACCAACUAUUUUUAGUAGAUGCUUAAUCAAUAACGAAAUUUAUACUUCCGAACUGUACACUCGACAAAAAAAACGCUCGAAUUUUAUUGUCCAGUGGAAAGAAGAUGUUGUAGUGUCUUUUGGUGCUGUUAAGUUUUUUUUAAUGAUCGAGGGAAAUCUUUUUGCUGUAUUACGUCAGCUCAUAAUUUCUAACGAUAAAUCCCAAGAAAUUAAAAACACAGAACUUGAAUUUGACUUUAAUGAAAGUAUAAAGCAUGUGCGUGAUUCGUAUUGCACUAAUGUUAUUCCAAUUCAGAGAAUAUUCACAAAAGUUUUACGUGUACAAGAUUACAUAUGUCUAUUUCCAAAUAACGUGGAGAAAAAAUAGUCAUACCAAUCAUUUUGGUAUUUAAAGCUAUAUUUUUUUAAUUAAAAUAUAAAAUAUAAUUAGCAAUUGGACAUCUUUCUGCUGUCUUA